AUGAACACGGAAAUGUUUGUAAAAUGGUUGCGUGAAAAACUUCUUCCUGGAUUAAGUGAGCCCAGCGUAAUUAUUUUAUACAAUGCGCCUUACCAUUCAGAAAUACUAAACAAAAGUCCAGCAAAUUCGUGGAAUGUAGAUAAAAUUAAAGAAUGGCUAACAAAUGAACGCAUAUCUAUUCCACAGCUUAUAUUAAAGUCUGAGUUGUUACGUUUGGCAAAAGAACAUGCGAAACCAAAAAUCUUUCUGGUGGUUCAAGUUAUGGAAAGUUACGGGCAUCAAGUUUUACAUCUUCCACCACACCACUGCCAGUUUAAUCCCAUCGAAAUUAUAUGGGGAACAGCAAAACAAUAUUACGACAACCAUAUUGGUCCUAGUGGUUAUACUGACGAAGCGGUUUAA